AUGAUUGUGAGGUCGAGUUGGUCUCUGACACAGGAGCUGUCAGAGUGUAAGGAGCGUAUGUUGGAGCUCGAGAAGGCCUUGGAGGAUCCAAGACAGGAGAACAGGGCCAGAGAGCUGGAGGGGAACGACCCAUCUCCUGUUGAACUCAUCCAGAAGAUAGAACAGCUGGAGGUUGGCUUGGCGGAGCGGGAAGAGCUGCUCCUGGAGAAGGACUUGGUGUUUGAGCAGGUGACCCGGCUUUCUCAGCGAAUCAGAGCUAAGGCAGAGAACGGCAAGCAGGACACACUGCAGCUAGCCAAGAAGGUGAAUGAGUUGCAGGGCCGUAUCAAGGAGUCAACCAGGAGGAUGAUGGCCGUGGUGUCUGAGUUGUCGAUGCGCCAAGCCAGCGCCAUGACCCUGCAGCAGGAGCUGAAGGAGAGGGAGCUGUUCCUGGACACCUGUCACCGGCGCCUGGACCAGGGGCUGCCCCCCUCUGAAGACCUGGAGCAGGAGUGGCAACACAUCCUCAGGGAUGAGCAGCGCAGACAGGCCGACCAGCAGGAGAAAGACAGGCUGGUGGAGGAGGAGGAGAGGUCCCAACUCCCUAGUGGGGUGUACACCACGGCCGAGGCCCGACCCAACGCCUACAUCCCCCUGGGGGACACCCUGCCCCUGCCCAAGCCCUACGGAGCCCUGGCCCCCUUCAAACCCUCUGAGCCCGGCACCAACAUCAGACACAUUCGCAAGCCUGAACCAAAACCCAUUGAGAUAUAGACCUGGACCAAACCCAUUGAGAUAUACUGUAGACCUGGACCAAACCCAUUGAUAUAUACUGUAGACCUGGACCAAACCCAUUGAUAUAUACUGUAGACCUGGACGAAACCCAUUGAUAUAUACUGUAGACCUGGACCAAACCCGUUGAGAUAUACUGUAGACCUGGACCAAACCCAUUGAUAUAUACUGUAGACCUGGACCAAACCCAUUGAUAUAUACUGUAGACCUGGACGAAACCCAUUGAUAUAUAUACUGUAGACCUGGAACAAACCCAUUGAUAUAUACUGUAGACCUGGAACAAACCCAUUGAGAUAUACUGUAGACCUGGACCAAACCCAUUGAUAUAUAUACUGUAGACCUGGACCAAACCCUCCAGUACUACGUCUAACUCACCUAGAUCUAUCUGGGACUAUAGAGUGACAACAUACAUUUAAUCAACAUUUAAUUCAGUUAAAUUUCUGCUGGCACUAAUAGCACUCCGUAUGAGAUACUUGGGUUACCAGUGACAGGACAAUAUGUAUAAUCUAGGAGUGUAGCAGCCAAUCAUCACAGGGCCUUUAGAUUCUCAACACGAGCUCAUUAAACAGCAGGUAUAUUUGAA